GAGUUUGUCGCGCUGCAAUACUCUGCACAAAAGUGACAAAACUGUUUAGUGAAUUUGCCCCAAAUUUCAGAGGACUAAACUCACAGGAAUAAAUGCACAGCACUCACUUUUCCCGUCUCUUUCUCUCAUUCAGGUUCUUAAGAUUAAUUUGAUCGGCCACAGGAAAAGAAUACUAGCGUCACUUGGAGAUCGACUGCACGAAGACCCUCCACAGAAACCACCACGGGCCAUCUCUCUAAGGGAGCCCACCGGGAACCACACUCCACCUCAGCUGUCCCCUUCUCUGAGUCAGGCCUAUCCCAACGCCGGCUCCCUGGACGUCCAGCACCUCAUCAUGCAGGCCGACGCCAGACGCAGACGCAACGACAACUACUUCGAGGAUGUGCCGCGCUCCAAACUAGAGAGACAGAUGGCACAAGUCAGUAUGACGACAGCAGAGACGAUAACGCAAGGGGAAUGGUGCGAGCCAAUCACGUUACGGCCUCCGAACGAGGCGACGUCAUCUACGCCGGUGCAGUACUGGCAGCACCAUCCUGAGAAGCUUAUAUUCCAGUCAUGUGACUAUGAAGCAUAUUAUCUGGGCUCUAUAUUGGUGAAGGAGUUGCGUGGUACAGAGUCCACGCAUGAUGCCUGUGCAAAAAUGAGGAAAUCACAGAACAGUGUUGACGAUACAUUUCCACGCUGGAUGAUUCUAUGCGCGUGAUGUGCGCUACGGUCUGUAGCCUGAGUUACAGUGCAGCAGCGCAUUAGAUUAGAACGGCGAUUAACUU